AUGCUAGCUGAAGCUGCUUUAUAUCCUGAGGACAGCACUGACACAUUACCGUCUGUGCUCACUGCUGAACAGACGGCCAAUCAGAUCAAGGGCAACCUACUCAGAGCACACGAAAGAAUGAAACAUUAUGCAGACAAAAAGAGAAGUGAAAGGUCUUUGGAAGUGGGAUACAUGGUCUACUUAAAAUUGCAACCGUAUAGACAUACCAGACUAAGCAUUCACUGGUGCCUGAAGCUUCAUUCAAAAUUCUAUGGCCCCUUCAAAGUCCUACAAAAAAUAGGCAAGGUCGCUUACAAGCUGCUGUUACCAGAGGAUUGCAAGCUUCACCACACAUUCCACAUCAGCCAGUUAAAGAAACACAUCAGCCCUACUGUUGUGCCCAAUCCCAAACUUCCAUUGAUCAACCCAGAUGGCACAAUCCUACUGGAACCAGAAAUGCUUCUGGAAAGGAAAUUGGUUCCUCGAACCCAGGGGGACAUCGACAUACCAGUAGUAUGCUGGAAGAUCAUGUGGGUCAACUUGCCAUUGCAGGACGCCACCUGGGAGGAUGCUCAGUUCAUUCAAAAGGUGUUUCCUUCCUUUCAGCCCUGA